UGAAAGGGCAGAAUUCACAGGCGCAGGGGACCAGAGUCGAAGUUCACGUCGUUUUCAUCCCGUGCGAUCUUGAAGACGAGGAGCUCUAACGGAAUUUCCCAACGGAGACUGAAGAAAUAACGCUAAGAAGUGGUUUUGAUUUUUUGAGAGGAGAAGAUUUAGGGGCUGAAGUCUGGAGUUAGGUUUUUGAUUUUGAUCGGACCGAGCAAAUAAGAGAUCAGAUCGGACCUCCGGUGAAGAGAGUCUUCAAUCAUCGGGUUGAUUGAUAAUGUCGUUCUCAUUCUUCAAGCCCUCGAAGCCUAAAACUCCACAAGACCUUGCAAAAGCAAUCAAAGAAAGCCUCACGGCCCUCGAUUCCAAAACUGUCGCAGAAGUUAAAGCCCUAGAAAAGGCUUUGGAAGAAGUUGAAAAGAACUUUGUCACAAUGAGAAUUAUGCUUUCUGGAGAUGGGGAGAUUGAACCAAACAUGGAUCAGGUUUCUCAGCUUGCACUAGAAAUAUGUAAAGAAGAUGUUCUUACACUCUUUGUUCAGGAACUACCUACGCUAGGAUGGGAGGCUAGAAAAGAUUUAGUUCAUUGUUGGUCCAUACUGUUGAAGCAAAAGGUUGACUCAACUUGUUGCUGUGUGGAAUACUUGGAAAACCAUAUAGAUUUGUUAGACUUUCUUGUUGCCUGCUAUGAUAACAAGGAAAUCGCGAUAAAUAGUGGAAAUAUGUUGAGAGAAUGCAUCAAAGUGGCGUCUUUGGCCAAAUAUAUAUUGGAGUCUCCAAGUUUUAUGCUGUUCUUCAAAUAUGUGGAACUGCCUAAUUUUGAUGUUGCAAGUGAUGCUUUUUCUACUUUUAAGGAUUUGCUGACAAAACAUGAAACUGCCGUGUCUCAGUUCCUGUCUGUUCAUUAUGAGGAGUUCUUUGAAAGCUAUGAAAUACUCCUUGCCUCAUCCAAUUAUGUCACAAGAAGACAGUCUUUGAAGCUUCUCUCGGAGUUUCUCUUAGAGGCUCCAAACUCUCAGAUAAUGAAGCGGUACAUUGUAGAAGUUCGGUACCUUAAAGUUAUGAUGACUUUACUAAAGGAUUCAAGCAAGAACAUCCAGAUUUCUGCUUUCCAUAUUUUUAAGGUUUUUGUUGCCAACCCACACAAGCCUAGAGAUAUAAAAAUUAUUCUGGCAAAGAACCAUGAAAAGUUAGUGGCCCUGCUUCAAAAUCUGUCUGGUGGAAAAGGUAAUGACGAUGACCAAUUUGAAGAGGAAAAGGAGAUGAUUAUUAAAGAAAUCGAAAGAUUAUCUCGAAUUCCAAACCUUGAAUCUUAAGCACUGCACCUGUUUUUCCCCAUCGAUGAAAUAAUUACCUGAUUGUGCAAAGUUGUUAUUGUUGUGUGGUCUUGUUGACCUAUAAUAUCUGUAUUUCCUUGGGAGAAAAGGGAAAAGAAAAUAAUAAUGAUAUUUAGGGUUCUUGAAAGAAUUUCGCUAGAAAAAACCAUUUGCUUCUUGCGACCUUUUGUCGAAGAAGGAAAGAAGUCAUGUGACUAUUUAUUUAGCUGUCCCCAAUACAUCAUAGCAUUGGAGAAUGUCUUAUUUUUCUUUUUACCAAUCUGAUUUUAGUUGCUACAUCUUGUUUAGCAAAUUGGAUUUUGCAUUUAUAAUUUUUAUAAUCUGAAUAAUAUUUACGGUUGUUGGUGA